AGCUGGCAGGGAGCGAGCAGACAUUGUCAGUCAGCCAGACCCACUGAGUGGAGGACUCCAGGAACCCAGAGCGGACAUGCUGGGCCCACACUUACUGCUGCUGGCCUUAGCUGGACUGCUCUUCCUGGAAUCUGUCACAUCCCAGGAGUGUACCAAGUACAAAGUCAGCAACUGUCGGGACUGUGUCCAGUCGGCGCCUGGCUGUGCGUGGUGCCAGAAGCUGAACUUCACUGGGCCAGGGGAGCCUGACUCCUUGCGCUGUGACACACGGGAACAACUGCGGCAGAAGGGCUGUCCAGCCGAUGACAUCAUGGAACCCAGGAGCCUUGCUGAGCCACAUUACGACCCACCAGGGGAACGGAAGCAGCUCUUUCCACAGAAAGUGACGCUUUACUUGCGACCAGGGCAGGCAGCUGCAUUCAACGUGACUUUCCGGCGGGCCAAGGGCUACCCCAUUGAUCUGUACUACCUCAUGGAUCUCUCCUACUCCAUGCUAGACGACCUCAACAAUGUCAAGAAGUUGGGCGGUGACCUGCUGCGGGCCCUCAAUGAGAUCACUGAGUCUGGCCGCAUCGGCUUUGGGUCCUUCGUGGACAAGACAGUGCUGCCCUUUGUCAACACACAUCCGGAGAAACUGAAGAACCCAUGUCCCAACAAGGAGAAGGCCUGCCAGCCCCCGUUUGCCUUUCGGCACGUGCUCAAGCUAACCGACAACUCCAACCAGUUUCAGACAGAGGUCGGCAAGCAAUUGAUUUCCGGAAACCUGGACGCCCCUGAGGGUGGACUGGAUGCCAUAAUGCAAGUCGCUGCAUGCCCGGAGGAAAUUGGCUGGCGCAAUGUCACGAGGCUCCUGGUGUUUGCCACAGAUGAUGGCUUCCACUUUGCUGGUGAUGGGAAGCUUGGCGCCAUCCUGACGCCCAAUGACGGCCGCUGCCACCUGGAAGAGAACAUGUACAAGAGGAGCAAUGAGUUCGACUACCCAUCGGUGGGCCAGCUGGCGCACAAGCUUUCCGAGAGCAACAUCCAGCCUAUCUUCGCGGUAACCAAGAAGAUGGUGAAAACCUAUGAGAAGCUCACAGAGAUCAUCCCCAAGUCGGCGGUGGGGGAGCUGUCUGAUGAUUCCAGCAACGUGGUGCAGCUCAUCAAGAACGCCUAUUACAAACUUUCCUCCAGGGUCUUCCUAGACCACAGCACCCUCCCCGACACCCUGAAAGUUACCUACGACUCUUUCUGCAGUAAUGGAGCAUCAAGCAUAGGCAAGCCCCGAGGGGACUGUGACGGUGUGCAGAUCAACGUCCCGGUCACCUUCCAGGUAAAGGUCACAGCUUCCGAGUGCAUCCAGGAGCAGUCCUUUGUCAUCCGAGCACUGGGCUUCACAGAUACAGUGACCGUGAAGGUCCUUCCCCAGUGUGAAUGCCAGUGCCGGGACCAGAGUCGGGAGCAGGGUCUCUGUGGAGGCAAAGGUUCCAUGGAGUGUGGCAUCUGCAGGUGUGAAUCCGGCUACAUUGGGAAAAACUGUGAGUGCCAGACACAGGGCCGAAGCAGCCAGGAACUGGAAGGAAGCUGCCGGAAGGACAACAGCUCCAUCGUGUGUUCAGGGCUGGGGGACUGCAUCUGUGGGCAGUGUGUGUGCCACACCAGUGAUGUCCCCAACAAAGUGAUCUUCGGGCAGUACUGCGAGUGUGACAACGUCAACUGUGAAAGAUACGAUGGCCAAGUCUGCGGUGGCCCACAGAGGGGCUCCUGCUCCUGUGGCCAGUGCAGCUGCAAGGAGGGCUUCGAGGGCUCCGCCUGCCAGUGCCGCAGGUCCACGGAGGGCUGUCUGAAUACCCGGCUGGUGGAGUGUAGUGGCCGUGGCCGGUGUCGCUGCAACAGAUGCGAGUGUAUCGCGGGUUACCAGCCACCGCUGUGUGAGGAUUGUCCUGGCUGCCCCUCGCCCUGUAGCGAGCCCAAGCACAUCUCUUGUGCCGAGUGCCGGAAGUUCGAUAAGGGCCCCUUUGAGAAGAACUGUAGUGAGGCGUGUGCCAGUGUGACCCUGCAGCUCACCCCUUUGAAGGGAAAACUCUGCAAGGAGCGGGACUCGGAGGGCUGCUGGAUGACCUACACCAUGCAGCAGAAGGACGGCAAGGGCAUUUACGACAUCCACGUGGAGGACAACCGAGAAUGUGUGGAAGGCCCCAAUGUGGCUGCCAUCGUAGGGGGCACCGUGUUGCUCGUCGUGCUGAUUGGUGUCCUCCUCCUGAUCAUCUGGAAGGCCCUGACCCACCUGACUGACCUCAGGGAGUACAGGCGCUUUGAGAAGGAGAAGCUCAAGUCCCAGUGGAACAAUGACAACCCCCUCUUCAAGAGUGCUACCACUACUGUCAUGAACCCUAAGUUUGCUGAAAGCUAGGGCGCGAGCUUCCAGGAUCAACCACAUGCGACUCUGAGACCACGCCUCCUCCCCUCUGCAAUCGUGAUGUGGCUUACAGCUCACCACAGCACUGCCAAGGAUCCAAAGGCCCACUCUGUUUCUCCUCACCUUUUACGACAAAGCUGGAAGGCUUGCCACAAACCCAUCCUCUCACGGGCACAGUCUUGUCACCACAGAGCCUUAAGGAUGUCCCCAGGUUCCGCACACACUUCCUUAUAUAAAGGAAGACUGCAGGCCUAGUAAAGGUGGCAUGGACUUAUUUAUAUUUAACCUUGUCAGGAUAUGAAACCACAUCCCAUUGUUUUAUAUUAACACCCCAACCAUUGUAUUAUAUAUGGGUAUGAAACUAUAGCCCACGUAUUAUAUUGUAAUCGUGUGUGUAAAAAUAAUAAAGCUUCCAUCAUGCUA